GUAAGCUACACAGUAUUGUGCAAGUCUUGUGUUGAAAAUCAACCUUUAUUUCUUGAAAUUUAUACUUCUGAUCUCAAACCUUCCGUCAACAGAGUGUCCUGUUCCCCUGCCCAAUGGGUUACAUUGGGAGGAAGAGGAAGAGGAAGAGCGGUAACAGACCCUCUGAGCCAGCGAACCCCUCUGGGCAGAGCAGCCCACAGCCAGGACCCUCUGGGGAACCUACUACCCUCGGUGAUGACCAGGCAGGGGCAUCAUCCAAGAGAUCCAGGCCUGGAACUGCCAGUCCCCUGCCCAGGGCUGCAACUUCCCCCGGCUCCCCAGAGCCGAGAGCCUCCAAUGAACUUGCUGCUCGCGGUGAUAAUGGUGGAUCCUCAUCAUCCAUGAGCUCCAGGCCUGGAGCUGCCAGUCCCCUGCCCAGGGCAGCAGACCCACCAAGAUCCCCUCAGCCAGUGGCAUCUCGUCAGGUGUUCGAGCCCAUGGAGGUGCCUGGAGCAGGGCCUGCAUACGGUUAUGGAUACCCACCUCACGCUCUACCUCAGGUCUUUGAGCCCAUGGAGGUGCCUGGAGCAGGACCAGCUCACGGCUAUGGAUACCCACCUCACGCUCCACCUCAGGUGUUUGAGCACGUGGAGGUGCCUGGAGCAGGACCAGCACACGGCUAUGGAUACCCACCUCACGCUCUACCUCAGGUCUUCGAGCACGUGGAGGUGCCUGGAGCAGGACCAGCACACGGCUAUGGAUAUCCACCUCACGCUCCACCUCAGGUCUUUGAGCAUGUGGAGGUGCCUGGAGCAGGACCAGCUCACGGUUAUGGAUACCCACCUCACGCUCCACCUCAGGUGUUUGAGCACGUGGAGGUGCCUGGAGCAGGACCUGCAUACGGUUAUGGAUACCCACCUCACGCUCCACCUCAGGUGUUUGAGCACGUGGAGGUGCCUGGAGCAGGACCUGCAUACGGUUAUGGAUACCCACCUCACGCUCCACCUCAGGUGUUGGCGCGUGAUCACCUGAACCCUGUGGUGGCCACUACUCUGGCUUCUCUCCCACAGAGUGCAACAGACGCGCUGGCCUUGUUCUCCACUCUGCUGGCCACCCUGCCGCUCUGUGGAGGUAAUGACCUCAACACCACAGAGCUGCUGGAGCACUUCCUGGCUGAGACAAACCACAAGCUCUCCACGAUGAUCUACGACAUCAUGACGUAUCACAAUGGUGGCUUUCCCCCCGGGUUCUACGACCCCGACGUCGUGACUGAGGAGACGCGGUGCCCCAUUUGCUUGGAGGACUACGAGGUGGGCGAUGCACUCUCCCUGUUUCCGUGCCAACACCUAAUGCACAACGUCUGCCUUCAGCGUUGGGUGGAGAGGAGCCGCACCUGCCCCGUCUGCAGGGCACCAGCGUAGGAGAGAAGUGGUCACACCACAAGCUGGGACCAGGGGCGCAAUAUCCCAUUCUGGACCAACCACCACCAAUGGACCCCCUGACAUUAUUAUGAAAAAAAAAUCGACCUGAACAAUUGGACUCCCUUCAGGGUCACACCACACUACAGGGGCUUAAAAUCACUGAUUCAUAGCCCAAUUAAAAAAUAUAUUUUUCUG